CGCGAAGAAUAACAAUAAAUAUGGCGACCACUGGGGAGUGGAAAGGAAAUAUACUAUUUCAACUGAAGCGACGAAACCACAAGCAAAGCGAACCUUUCCAAGCCAUCAUUCAGACGAACAACCGGUUACAGCAGCAGAGCUCCCACCUCCACUCCCAGAAUGUCCACCUUCAGGUCGAGAUUGAGAGACUCAAGGAGGAGAACCUGUCUGGACAGAUACGAGGCGAGCCGGGCAGCGGGGGUCACAACACUCACGCCCUGGAGCAGAAGCUGUACAAACUGCAGGAAGAGCUGACGGAGCUGCACAAGAAACGAGGAGAGAACGCCCAGCAGAUAAUUGAUCUCAAUGCCUUGCUGCAAGAGAAGGAGAGAGAGCUUCAGAAUAAAGACAAUCAGUUAUCCGACAUGCUGGCCAACAACCUGUCCCUGAAGCAGGAGCAGAAAAACUUACAGCAGUCCAUGACGGAGCUGGAGGCGACCAAUCAGAUGCUUACCGACGAACACCAGGCGCUACAGAUGGUAUUCACAGCAUUAGAGGAGAAGCACAGAAAACUGAACGACGAUUACCGAGAAAUCCUGGACCGCUGGCUCAAGUACAAGGCUCAGGAGGCGGACGACAUCAAUGAACAGAAUAAACAGUUUUUCAAACAUCGACAGGAAAAGUUACAAAAAGAAUUACAAGAGGCAGCAAAUGACAAAGUGCAGAUAGAUUUACCAGAUGCUGAGGGAUUCACGCCUGGCGUCUGCCUGAGUGUUACCAUUCCUACACGGGCACAUAACGUUUUUGAUGCCCACAGCGGAGAGGUGUACUCGGUCCAGUGGAACAACACGGGAAGUCUGUUUGCAACGGGCGGGGCCGACCGCAAGAUUAACCUCUGGAGAAAUAUUGGUGGUUCGUGCGAGACCAAAGGGGUGCUACUGGGCAGUAAUGCUGGGAUCACCUCGGUGGAGUUCAGUCAAGACGAUUCUCAGAUUGUGGGUGCUUCAAACGACUUUGCCUGCCGAGUGUGGGCGAUCGGGACGCAGAGGUUGCAGUUGACCUUGACGGGCCACAGCGGCAAGGUGUUGUCUGCCAAAUUCCUGGGAGACAGUAAAGUUGUGUCUGGCAGUUACGACCGAACGCUCAAAGUUUGGGAUCUCAACAGCCGAUCUUGCAGCAAAACGAUAUUUGCAGGCAGCAGUUGUAACGACCUUGUCACGCUACACGGGACCAGCAUCAUCAGCGGCCAUUUUGACAAGCGGGUUCGGUUCUGGGACACGCGCGGCGCAGACACCAGCAUCAAUGAAAUCCUCCUGGAGGGUCGACUCACGUCUUUAUGCUUGGCUCCAGAUAGGACCCAGUUGUUGUGUUGUUUGAAGGAGAUUGGACUAAAGGUCAUCGACCUCCGGAUGAACCAGGUGUCUCAUACUCUGACUGCUGAUGGCUUCAAAGUUGGCUGUGAUUGGUCGAGGGCUGUGUUCAGCCCCGAUGCCCAGUAUGCUGCUGGCGGAUCCUCCGAUGGUAGCGUAUACGUGUGGAAUCUGAACAAGUCAAGGGUGGAGAGGGUGCUGAAAGAACACAGUCACACGGUAGUUGCCUGCGCCUGGAAUCCUUCAGGGACGUCGCUGGUCAGCUGUGAAAAGGGCAAGAAGGUGGUGCUGUGGUCCGACUAUUGACUGCUCGCCCCGCCCACCUACCCCGACCUUAGGCAUUACGUAAUUCCAUCAUCCCACGGUACUCUUAUUCCCCGGUGUCGGCUCAGAAUCAAGAUCGAGAUGAUGGACGUCCAGAAGCGGUGCUCUCCCAUGGAUGUACGGCGACUCCCCUGUGGAUGCGAGGACCAAAAUUUAUUUUAUACGGGGGUCUUAAUUAAACCAGGGUGACUAGAGAAUGAUCAGA